AUGGCCCCAGAGCUAUCCCGCUUGGGCGAGAGCAGCCACUUAUACCGAGAUCUCUGUGAAGCGUUUUACAAUAGCUGGCGACACCCUGACAAACGGGCAACCGUCAGAUCUAUAUACCACGUCACGGAGAGCGAAUUCGAUCAGUCGUACCGAGGACGACGGUUCCUCGAGUACUGUAUCCGAGGUGGAGGCAGAUUUAAGCGUCGCUACCACGGUACUCGUCGGGCCUGCCUUGUCGGAGAGAGGGGGCAUGUCUUGGAGCUCUGUGAUAACAGCGAGUGUGGAGUCUGCGGGAUCCUCAAGCACUCUUUCAGGAUCCCGAGAGAGUGCAGGGGCUCUAUGUUCGGGAACGGGGUCUACUCGACGACUGUUUCGUCAAAGGCGGACAUCUUUGCCGAAAACCACCACAUCCACUCCACCCUUCAUGUCAUCUUCAUCUGCAGGGUCGUCACCAACAGACCUCAGUACCUCCGACGCCCCGAUAGCCGCCGGACCCGGCCAGACCCUGGGUUUGACAGCGUUGAGUCUGUUACUGUUCGAAACGGUGGACGGGUGGUGUAUCCGGAAACGAUCGUCUAUCGUGAAGAUGCCAUUGUUCCGGUCGCGGUGGUGAUGUACACCAGGCAAGGGUGGUUGCCUUGA